AUGAGGGUACCGCAGUCGUAUAUCCAGAAAUGCAAGGUCGUGGCACACAGCUUCCAGGCUGUCUUCAUCUUUGUGGCAGCGGUCCUGACAAUAGCUGUCAUGACCAAAGAUGGGUCAACAGGAGGGUCUACCAAGUACUUCUUUGCCAUGUGCUUUUUCUCCAUACCUGCCAUCAUAUAUCUCACCAUGGUACCCAUGUGGACCAGAGCCGCACGCUUCGCUAGCGCAUAUGCCUUCCUUGCUGUCGAUGCGCUGCUUAUGAUUUUGUGGUUCGCAGCAUUUAUCGCUGUCGCCAUGUGGAACUCGAAUGGUAUCAAAAAGGGUGCCCAGGAGAAGAAGGUAGCAGACGAUGACAGAAAUUGCAGUACAUUUGCAUAUGGGAGCGAAAGCAAGUGCAAAGUCAGCAAAGCAUCAGUCGGCAUGGGUGUUGUAAUUUUCAUACUUUUCGGUAUUACAACUGGUAUCAGCAGCUAUUACUUUGUCAAGUACAAGCGAGAGGGCGUCCUCCCCUACGAGUCGAACAAGGCAAAUCCCCACUAUGUUUCCGGCGAAUCGCCCAAGGACAACGCAUGGUCGACCGAGAUUGAAACGGCGCAGCGCAACUCGACUGAUUCCACCGACCAACACACCGACCACGGCAGCUCCCAACAAGAAGACGAGUAUGCCCUCCUACACAGCACAGAGACAGAUGAAGGGCGGCAUCCUGGAAGGCCGCUGAGCUGGGGUUCUGACAGGAACGACGGAUACUCAAGGCCGGUGCCCUCGUAUGCUGAAUACAGGGAUCCCACUGCGCCUGCUGAUGCGCUGAGUCCUGGCGGCUACGAGGACUACAGGAGAGAGGCUGGGGUCGGUAACAUAGAUGCAGUAAACAGACAACCAAGUCAUGGUGGGAGCGGCUACAGUUUUGGCGAUCGAUGA